CUCCUCCUCCCCCCUGGCCCCUGCGCAGGCCCCGCCCCCUCGCGCCCCAACUUCCUGCUGCUCUUGGCCGACGACCUGGGCCUGGGCGACCUGGGCAGCUUCGGGAACCGCAGCCUGCGCACCCCGCACCUGGACGGCCUGGCCCAGGAUGGCGUGCGGCUGACCCAGCACCUGGCGGCAGCGUCCGUCUGCAGCCCGAGCCGUGCGGCCUUCCUGACGGGACGCUACCCUGUGCGCCUGGGCAUGGUGACCACCAACGGGGCGCGCGUGUUGCAGUGGGCAGCCGUGUCGGGCGGGCUGCCCACCUCCGAGAUCACCUUCGCCAAGAUCCUGCAGGAGCAGGGAUAUGCCACCGGCCUCAUAGGCAAAUGGCACCUGGGCCUCAACUGUGAGUCCCCCACUGACCACUGCCACCACCCCCUGAACCACGGGUUUGACUCCUUCUUCGGGGUCCCCUUCACCCUGAUGGGGGACUGCCUGCAAGCGGAGCCCUCGGAGAAGCGAGCGCGUCUGCAAGGGCCCCUGGACCUGGGGGCGCAGCUGCUGCUGCUUUCCCUGCUCUGCCUGGCCGCUGGGAAGGUCACGGGCCUGCUGGGCCUGCGCUGGGUGCCCUGGGUGCUGGGCCCCGGAUGUGGGGCCUUGCUACUGGCCUGCACCUCCCGCCUCCUGGGUGUCUUCAUCGUCCAUGCUGACUGCUUCCUGAUGAGGGAUCACCAGGUCGUCCAGCAGCCUCUGAGGUUUGAGGCCAGCACGGGGCUCUUCUUGCGGGAGGCUGAGGCCUUCAUUCACAGGCACCAGGCCCGCCCCUUCCUCCUCCUCGUCUCCUUCCUCCACGUCCACGUCCCCCUGGUCACCUCACCUGCCUUCCGGGGCCGCAGCGCGCACGGCGCCUACGGCGACAAUGUGGAGGAGCUUGACUGGAUGGUGGGGCGACUGCUGGCAGCGCUGGACGGUGCGGGGCUGGGGCACCGCACCCUCGUCUACUUCACGUCGGACCACGGUGCCUCGCUGGAGGCCCGGGCUGGGGGCGCCCGCCUCGGGGGUUCCAACGGCGUGCACCGAGGUGGCAAAGGCAUGGGCGGCUGGGAGGGCGGCAUCCGGGUCCCUGGGCUGGUGCGCUGGCCUGGGACACUGCCCGCAGGGCGCCUGGUGCCUGAGCCCACCAGCCUCAUGGACCUGUUCCCCACCGUGGUGCGCCUGGCCGGGGGCUGGGUUCCGGCGGACAGGGAGGUGGACGGCCGGGACCUGAUGCCCGCGCUGCUGGGGACGGCGCAGGCCGCAGGCCACGACUUCCUGCUGCACUACUGCGAGGCCCGGCUGCACGCCGUGCGCUGGUUCGACCACCCAAGCCGCACGGUGUGGAAGCUGCACUUCGCCACUCCGCGCUUCGACCCGCCGGGCUCGGGCACCUGCCUCGGUUUCCCUGCCUGCGCCUGCUCGGGGCGGCGAAUGACCCACCACCGGCAGCCACUGCUCUUUGACCUGACGGCGGACCCAGGGGAGACUCGCCCGCUGCAGGGCCCGAUGGCGACGCGCAGGCGCGUGGAGGCCGCGGUGGCCCGGAUGCUGCGCAUGCGCCGCCCCCUCGCGGCCCCGCCCCUCGCCCCUGCACACAACACCUGGAGCCCGCGCCUGCAGCCCUGCUGCUCGCCCGGACCGCUCUGUGCCUGCGACCACCUGAUCCCCGACCUCUGACCCCGACCCGACCCCCAACCACCAACUUCCCUGGGGCUAUGGCAGAUCCUGGCCUGCGCCUCUCACAUCCGGGGACUCACAUCCGGGUAUUAAACAUCUGGGUAUACUCAAAUACAGAAAUUCCCACAUCCGGGGAUUCCCACAUACAGACUCUCACAUCCGGGGAUUCCUACAUCCGGGGAUUCCUACAUCCGGGGAUUCUCACAUCCGGGGAUUCUCACUUCUGGUGACACAUCCGGGGAUUCCCGGGGAUGUAUUUACACAUCUGGGGAAUCCUACAUCCGGGGACUUUUACAUCCGAGGAUUCUCACAUCCAGAGACUCUCACAUCCGGGGAUUCCUACAUACAGACUCUCACAUCCAGAGAUUCUCACAUCCGGGGAGUCUCACAUCCGGAAAUUCUCACAUCCAGAGAUUCUCCCAUCCAGAGAUUCCCACAUCCGGGGAUUCUCAUAUCCGGGGAUUCCCACAUCCGGGGAUUCUCAGACCAGGGAAUUCCCACAUCUGGGGAAAUCUCACACCCGGGGAUUCCCACAUCUGGGGAUUCUCGCAUCCAGGGAUUCUCACAUCUGGGGAUUCCCACAG